UCUAGAAACAUGUCUCUUCGCGAGUGGUACACGAAUCGUGAAAUUCUCCUAACCGGAGUGACCAGUGAAUUAGGUCAAAAUCUUCUCGAGAAAAUACUUCGUACAUUUCCAGACGUUAAAGUUCAUGUUAUUGUGAGAACGCGAAAUAAUUUGACGAAUGAGGAACGAAUUAAAAAAAUCUUCGCAUCGCCUGGAUACGCGAGACUACGAUUAGAGAAUCCGGAUGCGAUUUCAAGGGUAACAGUUUAUGAAGGAAAUUUAAUUUACGAUAGUCUCGGAUUAAAUGAGAAAAUUCGAGAAAGUAUAAAGAAAAAAGUGAGCAUAAUUUUUCACGCUGCCGGACCGCACGACGCGGUAUAUCAAUUUGCCGAAGAUUUGCCAAAAUUGGAAACGCUGGCAGCUAUUACGACGAUUUUCGAACACCGAGGAUAUAUCCAGGAAUAUCUUCAAAAUAAGAAUACACCGAGCGUACCGUUAACAUUGAUACGCGUACCCCUUCUUGCACCACCCAUUCGUGAACCAAUGCCAGGCCACGUGGAAAUAUUCAAAGGAAUAACCGCACUUAUGGUUGGCGCUGGAUACGUUAAGGGUAACCCUGAAAACCCAGCUGAAAUGAUUCCUAUCGAUAUUGUUACCAACACGUUGAUCGCAGCUGCAUGGGAAAGAGCUCAACGUCCGAAAGAUCUCGGUGCAGUUGUGUACAAUACUGCGACGAUUGGUUGUACAUGGGGUGACCUAAUUACGAAAGGUCAACAGGCUGCUAAAAAGUUUCCAUACCCGACAUUUGGAAUUCGAGGAAUAACAGCUAUCGGCUGGUUACACUGGAUAGUGGUAAUUUUUCUUGAAUGGCUACCAUCGUUACUAUGCGACACAAUUGUUGGACUCUUUGCCGGAAAGCAAAGGAUCGUGAAAGAGCACGAGAAAGUUCGCAAAGCUUUGAAGUCGGUGGAAUCGAUUGCAUGGAGGUCGUGGAAAGUUGAGAGAAAUCGCAUCCAUACGUUACACCAACAUCUCAAACUGGAAGAUCAACUGGCGUUUCCUCUGAUCGUUGAUGACGAUAUCGAGAAUUACAUACUUUGUGUGGUAGCUUCCGUUAAAAAAAAUUGCGUGGAAAAAAACAUUUUAUCCACUUUCAGAAAUAUUCGAAUAUUGUUUCUCAUUUUUUUUGGUCUUCUUAUUAUUUAUUUCGUAUUUUAUAUAAAAUCUGUACUUAUCAAUUAAAUAUCCCCCUUCUCCUGUUUUCUUUGUUCCUUUUGUA